GGUAUCACCAAACUGGCGAAAUUCCUGAAGGUGUCCCGCGCGGCGGACAAACGGACCCGAUCCGGAACGGAAUUCAGCAGGAGAGAGACAGGAUGGAAUGGGGGCAUAGAGCAGAGAAGCAUAUUAUUUCCCCAUCAUACUUAGAUACUGACACCAAAACAGACACAAAACCCCGACGACACCACUCCCGAGGACUACCUAUACGACGCUACACACCAGUAACCCACCUUGUAUUGACGAUCCCCUCAUGUACUCUUCGGUGUACCCAAACGGGAUAGCCGCUCUGCCACGUGAUAACGAGGCCGCGGGGUAAUAAAACAGAUCCAGCACCACCAUCUUUGUGGCCUUAGAAGCUCACCACGUGUGUCGAGUGCCCAAAGAUCUCUCUCCUCCAUCCACUUAGGCAGGAUACCAGCUUGUGUCCAUCCACUUAUCAACAUCGACCAUGUCGCUGGGGCAAAAGGCUGAGGGUCUCAGGCGAAAGAUCAAUGCAGCGGGUGGUGAUAUGGCCAUCCCAAUUCUCUCAGCCGUCAAUGCCGCGGCUGAUAUGUGCCCUCCUCUAAAGAGUGCCACUAGCGGCGCACUUUUCAUCAUCGGCGAGGUCCAGAAAUUCAACGAGAAUAAGAAAGAAUAGGAGGAUUUUGGGAAAUACGUCGUCGACAACGUGGUCGAGGUGGUUGCAGCCAUGAUCCGUCAACGGAAGAGGCAAAGCCAUUGGACAGGAUCUGUUAAGCAGCUCAGGGGGGACUCAGGCGAGCGGGAGCAUGAGGUUGAGCUAGAGCGCAAUGUCAAGGGUUGUUUGAGCAUUGCACUCAAGUAAUUCUUGUCCUACUUAUAGCCUAUCUAACUGUAUAGCGAAGACGGUAACAAAAGGAAACUAGCGCCUCUGACGCUUUGUGCAAUGGAGGGUUCGCCACUCGGCAACGCUUUGCCUGCGGCCGCGCCCCUCCCCCUUUGCCCUUGUGUGGCGUCGGGCUGCCGCAACAACAGGAUCAAGUUAUUAUGGACUAAAUAUUGGUGGACAAGUGGCCUUGUGCCGCAGCCUUAAUAUUUCGUGCAUCAUAAUGUAAUGUGUCAACGCAAAGUGCAAAGAGGAAGAAGAGUCUGGUCACUAAACAGGAGAGACUCGU